CCAGCAGGACUCUUCGAGCUCCUCUGAGCGGCUCCUGCACUUCUAAAUAACUUUGCGUCCUGGGGGAGCUUUUGCAAGGGGAGGAGGCGGGGGCGCCAGGAUGGGAGCUCGGAUCGGGGCAGGCCGGCAGAAAGCGACGCUCCUGUGGAUCAUUGUGGUGACUCAGUGUGUGUGGGCACUGGGCUGCGGACCCCAUUAUGAAUACGCCAUCGGGGAGUUCUGCUUGGCCAAAUUCAGACUGGACAUGCAAGAGCUGGACCAGGAACAGUGGUGCAGCUGGGAGGACACCGUCGAUCUGUACGGCGAGCUGACCAACUGCACCUACCUGGUGGCGCUCAAGAUGGACUGCUUCUGGCCCAACCUGCUGGUGGACGACUUCUUCAUCCGCGUGCACAAGACUUACUUCCACAAUUGCUCGCUGUCGGGACGUCUGCUCAGGGACCCCCCCAACCGCAUCCUGGGCCCCUUUAUCGCCAUUCCCAUUCUGGUCACCCUGCUCGUGACUGCGCUGGUGGUGUGGAGGAGCAAGCGCAGCGAGGGCAUCGUGUAAGCGCAGCCAUCCGUCGAGGAGCCCUUUUCUUCGAGGGGGAACCUUGGAUGUGGGGGAAAAAAAAAACUGAUGUGAAUGAUAGACAAGAAUCGAGCAGCUAUUUAUAUGACCUUGAUCGCACUUGUACAGCAGACAGUAAAGCCAGGGGUGAGGCAACGCUGGACUUUGCAGAUGGAUGUUUGCUAAUCUAUAUUGAGCCAAGGCGCAUAUCGUUGCCGCUGGGCGGAAUCCACGAGCCUCCAAAGUCAUCACUUUUUACGUGAGCCCCAAAACGCCAUCUCUGUGCCACCGUGGACGUUGCAUCAUCAAAAACAGCAAGCCGUCGUCAACAAUUUAGAUUGGUGGAUUUUUUGUAAAAAAAAAAAAUAACACCCACGCGUGCGGAUUUACCAGUACUAUAGAUGUGUGAAAAUAAAAUAUGGCGAUGACCAAAUUGUGACGGGGCCCAAGAUAAGCGAAAAAUCUCCUGGCACACGACCAAACGAAAAUGUAAAAACGUACGCUGGAAUCAAAUCAAGAAAAUUCCUCAACUGGGCCUGCUUAGUUGAACACAGAACUGACACACUCACGGGUUGUAGAGUAGAUGUCGCUGGCAUUGAUGGAUUUACAGUGAUACCUUGGUUUUCAGGGUUAAUCUGUUCCAAAAGUCUGAUUAAAGCAACAAAAAAAAAUCUGGAGCAAUAUUAUCUGAUCAAAAACACCGUCACGUAAAUCCAAUGAAUGCACUUUAGACACCCCAAAAUAUUUGAGGAAAAGACAUUAUUGUGUUUUAUUUUUUUAUCGUUAUUAUGAUUAUUAUUAUUCUCUCCUUUUUUUAUAUAUUUUCAAAAUGCUUCCGAUGAACAUUUGAGGUGAGGGCCACUCAAGAAAAGCCUUCAAGUGUCGCUUUGUGGGGGGUAAGAUUCCAAGAAACGGGUGGGUAAGAGCAAGCUGAGGCGUUCACUACGGACCAUUUUUCAACAGUACCAAAAGUGAGCGCGUGUAUGCAAACCGGGACCAAAAUUUCAGCCAAAAAAAUGUUUCAGAUUGCUAAUCAACAAAUUUGGUCCAAUAAAAAUGACAAGAGGAGUUUGACACUCCUAAACACUACCCAGACAAGCUAGCAUUCCGCAUUUGUAUUUCUUCUUCUGCUAUAAUAGGUUGGAUGUCCUGUGGCACCACACUGCCUCACGCGGGUCGGUUUUGGUGCUACAACACGCAUUCAGUUUGGCGGAGUAGCUUCAUUGUUGUCAGUGGAGAUAUGGUUGUGUGUGGUGCGCUUUAGCAAGGUCGCAUUUUCAAAAUGGGCUAAAAUGUUAAAACUCAAGAUUUCUGUCCUCCAUUCUAGCCCCCCCCCACCCAGAUAUUUUUGUCAAACUAUAGAAAUACACACACAAACCCAAUUUCAAAAUGUUCUCCCGUGAUCCGUUUGUACUACAGUACUUGGAGAGUCAUCAUCCCCCAAAAUGUCCAACUGAAUGACGAAUUCAAAGAGGAAAGCACAAUCAAACCACCAAAAGAAUUCAAGCUCGAGAUCAAGUUGCCCAACGCGCAUCUCUGCUAACGGCUGCCAAUGCCGAAAGCGAAGCCUUUAUAUCGCAGACCUGAGCUUUGUAUUGAUUUAUGAUCUGCCAGCGUGGUGUGCGAACGCUUUCCUCAUUGAUAUUUUUGAAUGCUCUCUUUCCUCUUCAGGGAGCUUGAGCUAUAACCUGCCUGUCAAGAACAAAAAAAAAAACCCUAAUAAACACAAACAAAACACACCCACUCCUCCCCAACAUGCUCCUACUUUGUACGUUGUGCCAAAACAGAAGGCGGCAUUUGCAACAGAAAAAAUGUCUUGAAAUGAUUGAAAUGUACCAUCUGAACAGAAAGGGAAAUGUGAAUAAAGUGUCUUAUUGUGUGUCAGGA